GAGAGGUGCUGCAAAAGAAGCAAUAAGCACAAGAAUCCAUGAUUCAUCAUCGGUUGGUGAAAAAUCAAAUCUUGUGGAACUGUUGGAAUCAAAACUAGGGUUUUCAAUUGCUUCGUGAUUGCGACGAAGAAGAACAACAACAAAAGAUGUGGCACGAGGCGAGAAGGUCGGAGAAGAAGGUUCACGAUAUGAUGGACGCGGCUCGAAAACGUGCUCAGAGGCGAGCCGUUUACCUUGCAAAACGGCGCGGAGAUCCCCAACAAGCAAUUCAGGUCGUUGGAUGUCGUUCUCGAGCCUAUCGAGACGACGCACUUUAUCAAGCAACCGAGGAUCAGCAGGGCCUGAUACCUUGGAAUGGGAAGCAGGAUGUUUUGAUUGACAGAUUUGAUGGGCGUGCUCUGCUAGAUUUCAUUAGGGAUACUAGUUUUAGGCGUGUCCAGGAAAAGUCUGAAGAGGAAGAAGAAUUAGAAGAGUUUGUUAAUUUUGAGCGUUAUCGGGAUUUAAUAAAGCAUCGGCGUAGAGGAUUUACUGAUGAAGAGGCUUUACAACAUGUAAUUCAAGAGAUGGAGGCCAAGGCUGCUGCUCCAUUUGCUUCAGAUAGAUCUAAUUUAUCACAGCCUGCUGCAAGCAAAGGAUCUUACUCACAGGUUGGGUUUUCUUAUGAAGCAAAUGGCAAAGAAGAAUCCCAGAUUUCAGAUGACGAUGAUGAGGAAGAUGAAGAAGAAGAGGAUGAUGAGGAAUUUAACAGUGAUGAUAGCAAUGAUGAAGGAAUGGAGGUAAUUGCAAAAGAAUAUGGGGUCAAAAGGUAUGGUUGGCUUGUUUACAUGGAUAAGAAAGCCAAGGAGGAACAAAAAAGACAAAAGGAGAUAAUCAAAGGUGAUCCUGCAAUUAAGAAACUCAGUCGCAAGGAAAGAAGGAAGGCUUCUCAGAUUGAAAGGGAGAGAGAACGAGAAGCUACACGGAUUUCUGGAACUCGUGUCCUACAUCACGACCCCUACCGGGAAUCAAGGCAAAGUCCUACUUACGAAGCUUAUUCUCGUUCUAGAAGAUCAAGAUCCAGAUCACGGUCCUAUUCUCCGUCCUAUGCAAGGCGUUAUUCACGGAGCAGUCAUUCUGAUGAUAUUCUCCGAGGCAAACCAAGGACUGCUAAAAUAGAAUACAUAACUGAAUUUGGGGGCUCUGGAGAAGCAGAUGGACCCAGACGCGAAGGAUUUUCUCCACCGCGAUCUCCUACAUCUCAAGUUGAUGUGUUAAACCGGUCAUCAUCUGGUUGCAUACUCGAGGCAUUGCAUGUCGAUCCUGCAUCUGGUGUAUCUAUUGAUAAGAGCGCUAAAGUCUUGAAGCAAUCCGUAAGCACAUCUUCAGGUUCAGCAUUAGCCAAGUUAAAGGCAAGUGGUUCUGGAGGGCUCUUAAAACCUCAACAAGGGGAGAAGAAAGAAACUCCUCAAGAGAGACUCAAAAGGAUCAUGAACAAGCAACUAAAUAAACAAAUUAAAAAAGAUACUGCUGCAGAACUAGCCAAGAAAAGAGAACAAGAGCGACAGAGGCAGGAAAAGCUUGCUGAGACUAGUCGAUUGAGUAGGUAUAGACAUCGCAGCCGCAGCAGGAGUUACAGUCGUUCUCCACCAAGAAGACACAGACGUAGUAGAAGUCCAAGUAGAAGCAGGGGUUCAAGAAGAUAUUACUCUCGUUCUCGCUCUCGCUCACGAUCUCCUCGCACCAAUUCUCGGUCCCCUUCUCGCAACCGUUCGCAGUCCCAUUCACGCUCUCCUUAUUCUCGUUCUCCCAGGAUAAGAAACCGUUCAAGGCACUGAUGAUGAAACGUUGUAUGCUGGAAAGUUUAUGUGCAAUUUGUUUAUAUUGAUAUAUGGAUUUUAUUGCUCCCAAGUGGUUUAGAGGAAAACCUGUGUUAGUGUUGAAGUUUCUGUAGGCAAUCUUUUUGAUCAUGUCAUUUUAGUAUUUGCUGUUGUAUAUUUCACAUUUACGGAUUGCGAGUCAUUUGAUGUCUCCAAAGUUCCGAUUAGGUACAUGUUUGUCAUGUAUGAAAACAUAAAAUUUGUAACUUAUGUUCCUUUAAAUUGUAGUCUUUCCUUAUUAUUUUGCCUU